UUUCUUUGCGCGGAGCAGAUCGUUAGAGCAGAGUAUACACAACGUCGCCAGUCUAUGACAGAUUGCCAAUUUAACUCCUCUUCGAGGAACAAAUCCCAUAGAUAUAACACUAAUGUAAACGGCACGGAAGUAUAUAUGUGACCAUCUGCACUGAUAUAUGAACGCAUUGUGAAAUGUUUGGUAACAUAAUCUCCGUAGCUGCUCACAAUACAGAUGCAACCGGAAAAUGUUAUUACAGAAUUACCGAUAACAGGCUCCCAGUGAGGAGAGUGUGAACCGUGUGAAAAACGCAUCAUCACCCACUCAGACCAUCGGCGAAAUAACUAGUAAGGUGGAUAUUUUUUAUAAGAGAAUUCUCAGCGGUCAUAGAGAUACCAGCCAUCAGUGAUUACUUCCUGCCCCAGUUCUCAUUCACGGAAAACAGAAGUAUUCCAAUGCUGUUUACCUAAUAGCUUGGAGAUUGCUGUGGGCUGCUCAACUCUUUGACGGUGUGCCAGUCGGACGUGAUGAAUUGAUAAAGAAUGCAUUGAGAUUUUGAAUCUGCCUUUUAAAUGUUUUGGACUUGAACAUUUUUAUUUCUGUGUGGUACUGUAGUGUACUUUUCCACUGAAGCCGAUAGUAACUGCUUACUUGCCAAUUUUCAAAAUACGUGGUUAAGUUACAGGACUGGUGUGAUACUGUGAAUUAACUACAAAUCAAACACGUUGUCAAGAUGGCGAAUGAUACUACAGCUUAUACAACUUUAACGUGGGUUUCAAAUGUGACACCAGCGAGAGGUGCAGGUGAGGAUUUAAUUCCGCCACACUGUCAAGGACCCAGCGGCCACGCCAACAUGUGCUCAUGGCAGUUUAUAUUGCUAACAACCACGUUGGUUAUCUUGGAAUUCAUGGUCGUGCUGGGAAAUAUACUAGUCAUCGUUGCGACGGUGAAAUUUCGCAGACUUCGGCGGCGGAUUACAAACUCUUUCAUUGCAAGUUUAGCCGUAGCGGACCUGCUUUUGGGGAUUUUUGUAUUGCCUUUAUCAAUAACAAAUGAAGUCUCAAAACACUGGGUCUUCGGGCCUUUGAUCUGCGACAUGUGGCUGGCAGUUGACGUCUGGUUGUCCACGGCUUCGAUACUGAACUUGUGUGUCAUCAGCUUUGACAGAUACCUUGCCAUAACGCGCCCCAUCAAAUACAUGAGCCGCAUGACAAAAAGAAUGGCACGUUUCCUCAUAGCAGGUGCUUGGCUACUUGCGUUCUUGGUCUGUUUUCCGCCCCUGUUAGGGUGGACGGAUAGACAUUUUGGACAGCCUAUAACAGAGGUGACACUGAGCCCGAAAAAGGUGACGCAACGUGACGCAAAUCUGACAGUCUUCAAAAUGACUAUGGAAACAAGCACAGUUCAAUUCACAAAAGAUAAUUACCAGCUGCAUACAAAUAGGUUAAAUAAGCUAGAAGACGUUGGGCAAAUAUACAAGAAUGUGACCCCUCACAAACUGAAUUCAAGCAAUGGCAUGAUGUCUAAUGGAGAAAGUAUGCAUUCAUGCAAUCUUGUCGCUGAACCUGGGUAUCGUAUAUUUUCCGCUCUCGGUUCCUUCUACAUCCCGCUUGUAUUUUUAUUAUUUUUCUAUUGGAGAAUCUACAGGGCCGCGUCAAAGACGAAUCUCGCAAUUCGCCAAGGUGAGAAAAUUACGCGAUCGUCUGCUAUCGGCAACGAAAAGUCGGAUGAUGUUGUGACACUAAGAAUUCAUAGAGGGCGCGACAGCUCGUUGUCGUCUUGCAAAUAUUCGUUGGAGAAGCCGCCACCGAUCAACCAAUUAUCGAGGAGCAGUGAAGUAUCGGAUGAAGAUUCAAUAGAGAACGUAACCGAAAUUCCCGAGUUAGGUAGCGUGCAAAGUUACGAGUCUCUCGCUCAUGUGCACAGUGUGAACGGAACGGAAGUGGCAGUCACCAAGUGUGUGGUUAGUAAUUGUAAACUUAACGUCGACGGUGAAAACUCAGAAACGACCACUACGAGUAGUCAUCAUAACAGUGAAGACAUUGACGUGUACAGCGACGUGGGCUUAGUUUUGAAACCUUACUUUGUGCUUCAGAAAAUAAAGACAGAAAAAAAUGCUAUCACACGGGCCCUCACUGCUACGGCAUCUCCAACCAGACGGAGAAUUCAGCAAAAUAACUCUAGUGCCAAUUUGGCCAACAGAUACUCUAUGCGUGCCAUCAGAAGGCAAAAUUUGAAAAAGGCCAUAAAGCGAGCCCAGCGUGAGACAAAGGCAGCUAAAACGGUGGCUAUAAUUGUUGGCGCGUUUGUACUUUGCUGGUUGCCUUUCUUUGUAGUGUAUCUGAUCGGAGCGUUCUGUGUUCUGUGUGUGCCCGAGUCACUCUUUACAAUUUUCUUUUGGAUCGGGUAUUGUAACAGUGCCAUCAAUCCUUGCAUUUAUGCGUUUUUUUCGAAGGACUAUCGACAAGCUUUCUUUGCGUUAACCACCUGUAAACGCCAUUUCAUGCAACACAGUGGACAAUCGAUUUUCCAAACAAACGGCUAGAUGUUUAAAAAAACUGCUCUUGAUACCAAAGCAACGUUCAAACUGGAAAUCAAGGAAGUCGUGAAAAAUCAAGUUAUUUGUUGUUUAUGUGAUAUCUAUUGCUUUCAAUUUUGCUAUUUAAGAACUGUCCUUUUAGGUUUGCUAUCGCUCUUAUUUGAUAUGAAAUAAAGGUAACACA